ACCCAACGGGCUUGAAUUUCCCUCCUCCCUAUACCUAUUGCCGUAAACUUGUGUACGGCAGUUUUGUCGCUUCCACUAUAUCUGACCGUUGGGGUUGAGAGACUGAGAGAGGAGAAAGCUGGAAAUGGGUGUUCGUGGGAGGAAGAGAGCUGCUCCGGUGAACAUCGAUGAUGUCGACGGCGAAAAUCAGAAAACUACAGAGUACGAACAGUUGAGGGAAAAAAGAAUCAAAGAAAAUCUUGAGAGAAUGCAAAACUUAGGGAUUUUUGACAUAUCACUAAAACUCAAGUCUUUUAAGACAACACCCACCGCUCGCAAAACCCCUCAGCGUCUCUCUCCUUUGCAGCCUUCUGGACCCAGUCGCCGCUCCUCUCGGUUGCAGAAUGCAACACCACUUAGCUAUUCAGAGGUGCAUCUGUCUAAGAUUGAUAAAUCAUUGGAAGGUGAGCAUAAUUUGUUGAGGGAGGAAGGGUCAAAGCCAGAGAUUUACACGGAAGAGCAUGAGAAAUUGUUGGGUACAACUGAUUUGAGCUGGACUCUGUUUGUGGAUGGAUAUGGAAAUGAUGGGAAGCGAAUCUAUGAUCCGGUGAGGGGAAAAACUUGUCAUCAAUGUCGACAGAAAACUCUUGGUCAUCGAACUCAUUGCUGCAAAUGCAACCUGGUUCAAGGACAAUUUUGUGGAGAUUGCUUGUAUAUGAGAUAUGGAGAACAUGUACUUGAAGCGAAAAAGAAUCCAGACUGGAUUUGUCCUGCUUGUCGAGGAAUUUGCAACUGCAGCUUGUGCCGACAAGCAAAAGGAUGGGCUCCUACUGGUCCUCUUUAUAAGAAGAUUGCAAGAUUGGGUUAUAAAUCAGUUGCACAUUAUCUGAUUCAAACCCAUCGAGCUAGUGUCAGUUCUGAAAACAACUCGACACCAUUCUCUGCAAAAAGAUCACUAGCUUUCUCAGGUAUGGAAGCUACGAUGAAAAAUGAGGAAUUUUUCAACUAUAACAGUGAUUCACAAGGGCUGGUGAUGAAUGCUCAAACCGAGGUCAAAGAAUUGGAACAUGAUCCCAAUGAGUACAUUUUAGCACCCGAAAGUAGCACAGAGCCCUCGCUGAAGCCUGCUUUUGCUGCUGAGUCCAGCGGUGAACCCUCAGUACUACUGAAACGUGACUCUAAAAACAGUGGUACAAAUCUGGUUCCCCCAUGCGAUAAUGUAGGAAAUUUCUCAGCAGACAACAAGCCAGGAAAUGAAAAUGCUGUGCUGGUAGGCAGUGCAUUGACUUCAAGUGCACUUAUGCUUACUGAGUUGAGUAAUGGCUACAAAGGCGAGCCACCAUUUGAUUAGGAAAUUGAUGGUGGGAAAAAGCAAUCAGACGAAGAAAAAGAGGAUGGCACUUGUGUCUCAGAUGACAAAAACUGUGAUGUUUUGGUAAACAGUGAUGGUAUGGUUGCACCAGAAGCAAGUUCAAAGUCAAAGAAGAAGCCUUGUCGAGCUGCUGCACAAGUCAUUGAUAGCAUUGCUGGAAGACUAAGGCAGAGACGUGGAAGAAUCAAUGUGGAAGCAUAACAACAUCUCGGAUAACAAAUGCUGGGAUAGUCUUUUGCACCUGAAACUGGUUACAACAUUGUGAUAGUGAAGUCUAGGUGGCUGGUAGUUUUUACUAAAUGUAAUAUAUAAUCCUGUGUAAGGAUUACUUUUUCUUUUAAUUGCUUACAAAACUUUUUAACUGGCUCAGCUGAAGUAACUGAACCAAUAUAAAAAGGAGCACUCAAUGAGUCAAAUUCA